GUAGCCACACUGUUCUGUCUUCAGCAUGUUUCCCAUGGCCAAAAAUGCUCUAAGUCGUCUCCAGCUUCAAAGCAUUCAGCAAACAAUGGCAAGGCAGAGCAGCCAGAAGCAGACACCUGAUUUCCAUGACAAAUAUGGUAAUGCUGCAUUCGCUUAUGGAGCCACUUUCUGUGCUGCUGUAUGUGCAUAUACAGCAACACACAUUGGAAUAGAAUGGAACCUGUCCCCUGUUAGCAGAGGCACCCCAAAGGAAUGGAGAGACCAGUAAUCAGCCCAGCUGGUGUAACACUCAAUUGUUUCAAAACCAAUUCAGAAUUGAUUUCAACUAGAAGCACUGUGCACCCUUUAAAAUAGGGCAUAAUUGAAGAAAUAAAGUAUAUUCAGAACCUUAAAAUAUAUAUAUGUGUACAUCUAAGUCUGUGUUCUAGUCUUUGUCAGAUUAUGCAAAUUAUACACUUAUUUGGAAAACUGUAGAAGACAGAGGUACCUUUUUGCCUUUCACCUAAGGGCCUGUUUCCCAUAAGAGCUGAGUUUUGUAAAAUCCAUCACUACCCCGUUUCUGUCCCCCACCG